AGGCCCCAGCAGCCCCAGUCGUACGUGGCAUCCCCAGAAAUCCCCACCCGAGCACCGCCUUGCCUCGCCGCUUCCAGAAUCGGGUGCACUCGCCGCGCCGCUUCCAGAACCGACGCCACCGCCAUCUCGCCUCUCGACUUGCCCUGGCCGCGCCCGACCACCGCCCGUAGCGGCACGAUGGUGACUGACGCGGCCGCGAUGGCCGUCGUGAAGGCCGCGCGCCCCGCCUUCCGCGGCGCCCACGACGGCGUCGCGUUCGCCGCCAACGCAGCGUUCCUCGCCGCCGGAUACUCCCUCUGCGCCGUCGGGCCCGCCGCGCUCACCGAUCCUCCGCCCACAGGCGUUGAGGAGGUGGGGAUUGAUGGGUGGAACAGUAUGGAGAACUGCUAUGCCUUUUUGUACUCCAAGGAGGAGAAGGGCGAGAAGAAGCGCAUUUUAAUGAAAUGUUUAGUGAUUGGUGAGUUCCUGGCCAUAGAUGUGCUGGAUCUUGAGGCACAACACAAGGAACCUUGCGAUGUCCAGAUCAAUGUGAAGGAUUUCUUCUCUGAAGAACAGCCCAAGAAUUAUAAGGAUAUGUACAAGAAUUUUACGGGUUUCAUUGAUACCCUUAAUUCAAGUUUGUUGGUUAAAUUGGAUGGUAAGGAUGCUGAUGCUGCCCAGAAGCCUGGUGUUGAGAGCAGUUCGUCGAUGAGCAGCUCUGAAAAUGCGACCUGGGAAAACCCUAACUCAAGGAUUACUGAACCUGCAGGACUCGUUUAUCCUCCGAUAGCUCCAUUUGGUAAUGAUGACCUCUUCCCUGCUCCUGGUGCAGGCUUCUAUCCUCAUAGUGGUGCUGGGAGGGGCGGCAGUAUGCACGUUGGUCCAAACGAUCCACGCUUCUUCCCUUCCAAUCCCUUCCCUGCUCCCUUUGGUGGCCCUGGGAGUGUUCCACCUGGUGGUCGUUACGAUCCAAUUGGCCCGCCUGAUGUUCCGGGAUUUGAACCAUCUCGCUUUGUGAGGCGUUCAAGGCAUCCUGGUGGGAGCACUCACCCAGACCUUGAGUUCUUCCAGCAAGGUCCAGACUUCUGAGAAUCGUCUUCAGAAGCCCCGCUGCCCACCUCCCUCUCUGAAUAACCCUGCUUUCUUUCUCAUGCUGAUCUUGAGCACGGCACUUUCACGAGACCAAACGGCUAUAUCGCAGAUAGUAUCAUCAGACUUUUCUUUGUAAACAUGGAUGCAAACUUGUGUACUUACCAGUAGUUCCAAACCAUGUCUUGUCACACUCCACUGUUCUGUACAAUUGUAUAUAUAGCACUCUUCCGACCAA